ACGAUGAAAUGGUAGUACAUGUGUCUCCAUAAGCUUGCGAUGAUGACAUCUUACCGGCAGCUUCACCGGUGCGAUGGCAUUGUGGCUGUGUCCUUAACAUUCAGACAAACCUUGUCUAGCAAGUUCGCUCCAUAACCCUCUUUCUCUUCAGAUCAGACAUAAUGGAAGGCUUGUUAAUUAAUGAGUCGCAAUCUACACCAACCAAUCGCGCAACCCACCCCGUUUCAUUCUUCGAGCGUCUGCCCUACGACGUUCGCGCGAGUAUUUACAGCUACAUCGAGGCUGGAGACCUACCACCUAUCACCCGAGGCUUCCAACCUUCGGCUUCCGGCUUUCUCAUCUCCUGUCGAAGCGCGAAGCAAGACUUAGAAGAAAUCGCAGCACGUAGUCUUGGGAAAUUCCUCAGAGAGUUCAAGUCCACGUUUGAGAACACAACGGAUUGCACGAUUCAAAUCUCCGAUUUUCCAGAAUCGAGUACGCUCGCCGAACUCCGUAGCCUCAGAAUCACCUUACCAUUCACGUCGUUCUGCCCUAUCAAAUCUUCGGACUGGAAGUAUGUAUGGAAACGCGAAGUAUUAGCCGGGUUGCAUCCACUCCUCAGGCUUUACUCCGACAAAAUUCACUUGCACUUCUCCGGUCCCGACAACAUGCCCGCGUGCAAAUCUCUACUUGAUCGUGGGAGAGUCGAAGUGAGCAUGCACAGUAUCUUGCGCAAAAUUGCGAUCAUGCUUGAGAGUCUCAACAGAUGGAAGACAGGGACGGACAGUAUGGCUGGGAUUCUGUCCGUCGAGAGGAUUUUCAAGUACGAAGUUGGACGACAACGGGACACUUGGAUAAACGCAAGGGUAAAUGCGAAGCGUAUAUGCUUAUCUUGGGAUUUGAGAGACAAUGUGCUAGAGGAGAAUGGGCAAACUAUCACACUGAAUGGCAAACUUCACCGUAUUCAGGUGCCUGUGAUUGAAAAUGGUAGUGAGAAGAAGGAUGCUGCGAUCUUUUAUCAUCUACGCGAUGAGCAGCGGCUGGUCGGGGAAAUGGGAGUUGUGAGUGAUGGGCGCUGGGAGUUGAGAGAAGACAUAGACAGACUGCUGAAUGGUGUUUCAACGCAUUGGGUGUACUGUUCGAGCAGUGGAUUAGGCAAGGCCUUGGGGGAAGGGUUGGUUGGUUGUGCUGAAGCUAAAUUUGAGGAGGAUGAGCAGGAAGUGAGUGGUCAUAUAUACCAUUGAUCCAGAGAGGUUGAAGGUUAGUUCUUGAUUUUAAGGGUUCCCGCGAAAGCUGGGGAGGAUGAAGUGCCGACUUUGUCUACAGCUCACCUCAGUCUUGCGAUAGGUCUAAAGAUCUCCUAGUCAGGCUU